UGCGCCAUUGAUUGGUCGACCCGUCUGGAUUUUAUUUUUCUCCUGGGCUCCACUCAUUGAAGCUCAUGCCGAGGCUUGCGCUGCCGCUGCCCGCUCCGCGAGAUCCGGGCUGGACCUCCGAUAAGGAGAUGGAAAAAAAGGGGGCAGGAUCGUACUAUACCCAUGUCUCUGUCGAGAAUUGAGAUCAUAACACCUGAAACAUCUCCGAUGCAACCGAAGCUUGGGCUGGACUAUUUAUGACACAUCAAUUGCUCACUUUGAUUGUGUUCCGUGCUUUAUCGAGCACCUAUUCCAAAAGUCGUGAGAUAGUGAAUAGAAAAAAGAAAGAAAAAAAAAAAAAAAGGCUUCUCUUUAUCGGGGCCAACGGCGACGCCGACAAUUUCCGGGUCUGCGACGCCUCAGGCUUCGAUCAUCCCCACAGGACUAUGCCGGUUGGGACAGGGAAGCCGUUAUGCUGCGUGGUUCCCUGGCAUUCUUCGCGCACUCUCCUACCGCUUGUUAAACUAGGGCUAGACUAUCAAUCCUUUGUUUUCGCGGUUGGGAAGGUUGUUUGUGGUGGGCAUGGGUUUCCUGUGCGAUCAACGAGAUUGAGUCUAUUGAUUAUUGUUACAAGUUGUUGGUGGUAGUGUUGGUCUUUAGCAACCGGUGGCAAUUCUGACGUGCCAUUAUGCCGGUGGGUGCAUCUCUUCUCCUGAGGCAAUUCUCCUUGCAUAAUACUUAAACCCUUAUGUCAAUAUAUGCCAACUCAGGGCCCUUG